AUGGCUCGUCUCGGCCAAAUCCUCCCUCUCAGAUCCGUCCCCCGCUGCUCUCUGACCCUCACCCUCACUCUCCUCCUCUCCUGCUCCUGCCCGGCUCUAGGCAAGAAGAAGCUCUACAUCGGGGCCCUGUUUCCGAUGAGCGGAGGUUGGCCCGGGGGACAAGCCUGCCUGCCCUCCGCUCAAAUGGCCCUGGACCUGGUGAACAAGAGGACCGACAUCCUGCCCGACUACGAGCUGGAGCUGAUCCACUACGACAGUAUGUGUGAUCCCGGUGAGGCUACCAAACUGCUGUACGACCUUUUGUACACAGAGCCUAUCAAGAUUGUGCUGAUGCCGGGCUGCAGCUCCGUGUCCACGCUGGUGGCCGAAGCCGCUCGCAUGUGGAACCUCAUCGUGCUGUCGUAUGGCUCCAGCUCUCCAGCUCUGUCCAACCGCCAGCGCUUCCCCACCUUCUUCCGGACUCACCCAUCUGCCACGCUGCACAACCCGACCCGAGUGCAGCUCUUCCAGAAGUGGAAGUGGACCAAGAUCGCCACCAUCCAGCAAACAACAGAAGUUUUCACAUCAACGCUGGAUGAUCUGGAGGAGCGGGUGAAGGAAGCGGGGAUAGAAAUCAGCGUUCGUCAGAGUUUCCUCUCCGACCCUGCUGUGGCUGUCAAGAACCUCAAGCGCCAAGAUGCCAGAAUUAUCGUUGGCCUGUUCUAUGAGACGGAGGCCAGGAAGGUCUUCUGUGAGGUGUACAAGGAGAAGCUUUACGGGAAGAAGUACGUUUGGUUCCUAAUCGGCUGGUACGCCGACAACUGGUUCAAGAUCAAGGACGCGUCCAUCAACUGCACUGUGGAGCAGAUGACGGAGGCCGUGGAGGGUCAUGUGACCACUGAGAUCGUCAUGCUGAACCCGGAGACGGUGCGAGGAGCCUCCAACCUGACCUCUCAGGAGUUUCUAGCCCAGCUGAUGUCUAAACUUGGUGGUAAAAACUCAGAAGAGACGGGUGGUUUCCAGGAAGCCCCGCUGGCCUACGACGCUGUCUGGGCUCUAGCCCUGGCCCUCAACAAGACCGUGGGGCCCCUAAAGGCCAAAGGUCACCGUCUGGAAGAUUUCAACUACAACAAUCGAGACAUCACUGCUGAAAUCUAUCGAGCCAUGAACACCAGCUCCUUCGAAGGAGUUUCGGGUCAUGUUGUCUUUGACGCUCAAGGCUCUCGAAUGGCCUGGACUCUAAUCGAACAACUUCAAGGAGGAAGCUAUAAGAAGAUUGGCUACUACGACAGCACUAAAGGCAAUCUGUCCUGGUAUGGGAAUGACAAGUGGAUAGGCCCAGGACCUCCUGCAGACCAGACGGUGGUCAUUGAAGAGUUUCGCUACCUGUCCCAGAAGCUCUUCGUGACCGUCUCUGUCUUUGCUGGAUUGGGAAUCCUGCUGGGAAUUGUCUGUCUCACGUUCAACAUCUACAACAGAAACGUCAGGUACAUCCAGAACUCUCAGCCCUACCUGAACAACAUGACUGCAGUGGGCUGCAUGAUGGCUCUGGCUGCCGUCUUCCCUCUGGGCAUCGACGGCCUUCAUGUCCACAGACGACAAUUUCCUGUUGUCUGCCAGUUCCGCCUGUGGCUCCUCGGUCUGGGCUUCAGCAUCGCGUACGGCAGCAUGUUCACCAAGAUCUGGUGGGUCCACACAGUCUUCACCAAGAAGGAUGAAAAAAAGGAUAAGAGGAAGCACCUGGACCCGUGGAAACUCUACGCUACUGUUGGCGUCCUGCUCUGCAUCGACAUCCUGUCCCUCAUAAUCUGGCAGAUUGUGGAUCCUUUACACAUCACAGUAGAGAAGUUCACCAGAGAAGCCCCCAAAGGAGACCUUGAUGUUUUGAUCCAGCCUCUGUUGGAGCACUGCAGCUCAGCGAAGAUGAACACCUGGCUGGGUGUGGUCUAUGGUUAUAAAGGCUUGCUGCUGCUGCUCGGCAUCUUCCUGGCCUACGAGACCAAGUCCAUCUCCACGGAGAAGAUCAACGACCACCGAGCUGUGGGCAUGGCCAUCUAUAAUGUCGCUGUGCUGUGCAUGAUCACAGCCCCGGUCACCAUGAUCCUGUCCUCGCAGCAGGACGCCUCCUUCGCCUUCGCCUCUCUGGCCAUCAUCUUCUCGGUCUACAUCACCCUGGUGGUUCUGUUCGUCCCCAAGAUGCGGCGCCUGAUCACCCGGGGGGAGUGGCAGUCAGAUGCCCAGGAGACCAUGAAGACGGGCUCUUCCACCAACAACAAUGACGAGGAGAAGUCCAGGCAGCUCGAGAGAGAGAACAAGGAGCUGCAGAAGAUCAUUCAGGAGAAAGAGGAGCGUGUGUCAGAGCUGAGGAACCAGCUGUCUGAGCGCCAGGCCCUGCGAUCCAGGAGGAGAGCAUCCACCAUCACCAACCAGAACCACAGCCCGCCUCCACACACCAUCACCCACAGCGACCCCAGGUCUCUAGCUCCUCCUCCCGGCUACCCUGCGCCCACCUCCGACCUCCAUCCCAUCCCUCCGUCCUUUGCAAACUCGUCUAGCCUCUACCAGCCAGACAGCAAGAUCAGCCGAAAUAACUGUCACACCAGCCGGCUGCAGCUGCUCUACAAGUGA